UUAAAGCAUUCCAAGCUUGUCUAAUGUAAUAAUCCUACCAGCCAUUCAUUGGAAAAUUCUCAUGAAUUCAAAUCUGUGCAAAACUCCAAACAUUUACUGUUUGAGUUGAUAUUUAAUACCUGUCAAACAGAGCAGUAGCUGGCUUCACAAGGACUAUAGAAGGGAGACCGUCGACAAAACAAAUAAUGUGACAAGAAGACCAACCCUGUGUUUCAUAAUAUUUGUUGUAACACAGCAAGGUGGUGCCCUGAAGGAGUGGCAGAGACAGUCUGCCUUAAAAGGGAGGUAGUCCUCUGGAUGGAGGAAGACUAAACUAACUACAGCAGUGCAAACGUCUGCUCAAAGGACUUGAAGUUAGGAUUUUUUGGGGUUUUUUUUUUGUUCUAGCACUGAUUGUAUAUAAUGCUGACUGCAUGAGGCUUCUAUAAACCCCCCAAAGAGGCUUGACACUGAGUAUUUUUAAGACAGCUGGACCUCUGGAAUCCGUCUCUUUGCUGCUUGUCAUUAUCAUCAUCCAGACAUGGGGUUCUGGAUUAUUUUCCCCAUCUGUCUUUCCCUGGUGUCCUUCAUUGGAACAUGGAGUGUAUACGGGCUAGCUUUCUCCAACAAUCAUGUGUGCGCCCUCACUGACUGGGGUAACGGCAACUACUGCAGGGCUAAUCAUACUGAUGCUGGAUGCUGCUGGGUUCCUACAAUAAGCUCAAGUGGAACAUAUCCGCCAGAAAAUUCACUUUUUACAGCCACAGUCAACGCCGGAUCCUUCAUGUUUUUGCUGUUCUGCAUAUUCCACCAUGCCCAUAUUAUGGAGAGGCACUCAAGUCAGUCCAUGAUGAGUAAAUUUGCACUGGUCUUCGGUUUGAUUGCAGCCAUGGGGGCAUUCGCAGCCGGAAAUUGCAACCCGUUUCACGUGUCACUCCUCCACUACCUCGGGGCUGCCAUCAGUUUCAUGUGCGCGUGCUUCUACACGGCCCUUCUCACCGUGCUGACAGGGAAGUGUGCCCUCUCUGGAUAUGAAAAGGUUCUCUACCCACUGCGAAUCAUCUCCACUGUGAUUCAAGUAAUUGUGACCGUCAUCUAUACUGUCUUGUUCGCUCAGAGCGAGUACUUCUACAUUCACCUGUCUGCUGUCUUUGAGUGGAUGCUGAGUAUGAACCUGGAGCUGUUUGAGCUCAGCUACGCCGUGGAAUUUUUCUUCUUCUCGUCCUAUAUGCUCUCGAAUCUGUUGAACAAACGAGAGGAGGAAAAGCCUUUGAUGAUGUCCUGAUAUAAGGCUGCCAGGAUCCAGCUGAAAGAUGGAGAAAGUGAGGAUGCUACAAGUAGGACAUCUGUUACUACAGUGGCUGGAUCGUGGCUGAAGGACCAAUAGUGUUUUGUUUUGUUUUUUCCUAGUCUUUUCUUGGAUGGAUUUAUUUCUGCUGUCUUCUUUACUAAUUUUUUUCCAUAUUUAUUGAACCAAACGAACAAACAUACCAGCUGGAUUGUAUCUCACGCAGAUGCCCCAUCUACAGAACAGCU